UGCUGUGCUUACAAGGAUGCAAAUCACUUAAAAAAUCUUAUCGCGAUUGUCAGUUAAAAAUAUGAUUUUUAACUGAUUCAAAUUAAGAGAGCACAUUGGCUUUUCAUCUACAAGUUGCAGAAAAUUUAUCACUUUUCCUUUAUUAUUUCAUGCUUAAUUUUCAUGUAAAUAUAAUCCUAGAGUACUCAAUGUAUUUGUCAAAGUAUAAAAGUUAUCAGUUGUCCACGGUCAUGAGAUGAAGACAGUUGUCUUUCGCAUCACUAUAGAAAUGGCUAUCAAUUUUAAUCUUUAAAUCAACACCAUUAUCGUGAUAGAAACAAUCGCAUAGCAAUAAUGUAUCGUCUGGUUAGCACUUUUUAUAUGAUGGGGAGUUUAUUAGUACAGUCACCUCUUGAGACCGAAGAUCAAGAUAGUCUAAAACAAGUCAGUGUGGUGUUUCGUCAUGGCGAUCGUACACCAAUUUUGCCACUUGAAACCUAUCCAAAUGAUCCUUAUAUAAAUCAUACAUUCAGUGAUGUACCCUUUGCAAUAUUAACUGAGAGUGGAAAACAAAGAGCUUACAGAUUGGGAGAAUAUCUCAAAACCACGUACAGUAAAUUUUUAAACAAUAAAUUUACGCCAUACACAGUUGAAACUCGAAGUACAAAUGCUAAUCGAACAAAAGAAACUCUUAAUUUUGUGCUAAAGGCUUUAAAUUCUAAUAUUAAGUUUCCAAAUAUAAUUGCUAAGCCUGUAUCAAAUGAUUCUCUUCUAAUAACGUGUGAUGAAUAUCUUUUAGAAUUUUUGAAAGUGCAGAAUAAAAUGAAUGGGAAGUACGGUUUGAAUUUUCAAAGACUUAUGAAUAGUUUAACAGAUUAUACUGGCAAAAAUAUUACUAGAGCCCUUGAUUUACAUGCUUUAUAUACAACAUUCGAAACUGAAAAAUACCAUAAUCUUACAUUACCAUCAUGGACGAAGGUCUUAUAUCCCGAUGGUCUCUUGGUAAAGGGAUGCGCAUUGUCGUAUAAAUUAUUGAAUUACGAUGACAAUAUGAAGAAACUUAACGGAGGAAUGCUGAUUAGAAAAUUUAUAAAUGACAUGUUAGCUGUAAAAAAUGGAGAAAUAGGAAAAAAAUUAUUUCUCUACAGCGCACACGAUAUUACUGUUGUGGCCGUUCUACAAGCUCUUGGAGUUUACUUUUCUCAUGUACCAAAAUUUACAAGUGCAACUAUUCUAGAAUUGCAUCAAAUUAAAGGAGAUUAUUUUAUCAAGCUUGUCUACUAUUUAGGUGUACCAGAAGAGACAAUGGAUUUAACAAUUCCAAAUUGUAAAACUAUGUGUCCUUUAGAGGAUUUCAUUCGUUUAGUGGAAAACGUUCUACCGAAAGAAUUAACUCACUUUUGUUCUCCAUUAGAAUUGAAAGAAGAAGAUAUGAUUUAUAAACCGACACUUUUGAAAUUCAAGAAAUUAAUGGAAUUAUCUAUUGUGUCCAGUUGUUUUGUUGCAUCUGAAUCAACACUUCAAUUCAUUAAUGUGGUUUUUCGUCACGCUGAUAGAACACCGAUUCCUCCGUAUGAAAUGUAUCCUAAUGAUCCCUACAAAAAUUUGACCACCGACCCUUCCGAGUACGGACAAUUGACAAAGAGUGGUGAAAUAAGAGCUUUUAGACUAGGUGGAAUUUUGUGCGAUAAAUAUUGUGAAUUUUUAGGCACCAAUUAUCAAUCAGGUACGAUUGAAGCUCGCAGUACUGAUUUUAAUCGAACAAAAGAAUCAUUAAAUUUACUUCUAAAAGCUCUAUAUCCAGGAAAUAUUAUUGAAACAACUUAUCAACCACUGGAAAACGAUACAUUACUCUUUCCCCUAUUCUGCAAACUAUUCACUGACAAGUAUUCCCAAGUGCAAAAUAUGACAGAAGUCAAGACAAAAGCGUCAGAAUUCGAUGAAUUUGAAAAACAACUUUCAAUAUUCACGGGAAAGGAAAUAAAAUCAUUACAUGAUGUUGCCCUCAUUUGGGUAACAUUGGAAACGGAAAACUUUAUGGGUCUUCAAUUACCCGAGUGGACGAGAAAUAUUUAUCCAAAUGGUGAUAUAUUAGAUGCUGUCAUUGAAUUUUAUAAAAUUAUGAACUACAACGCAAAACUCAGAAGACUUAAUGGAGGUAUGCUUGUUCGAAAAUUCAUAGAAGAUAUUGAAACCGUAGUAAAUGGUACAAAUAAACAUCGAAAAUUAAUGCUAUACAGUGCACAUGACAUUACGAUUGCCGGUGUUUUAAGUGCCUUAAACGUUUUCUAUCCACAUGCACCCCAAUUUUCAUCAGCUGUCAUUGUCGAACUUCAUCUUAUAAAUAAAAUUUACUACAUAAAGAUUUUAUACUACUUGGGCCAACCAGAAACAAUCAGAGUAUUACGAAUUCCAAAAUGCGGUGAACUGUGUCCAUUAAAUCGAUUUAAAAAUUUAGUUAAAAAAAAUAUACCAAAUGACUUUGAAACGAAAUGUGGAAGAAUUUAA